UUGAUUAUAUUUCAAACAUGAAGGUUAUAUUAGCUGUCUAUUUAGUUAUAUGUGGUUGCUUAAUACUUUGUAGAGAAGCUUCUACUUCUAAUGGUAAUAUUCCUUUGGUAGUUAUUACCUGGAAUUAUGAAGAUGCUGCACAACGAGCAUGGAAUAUUUUGAACACUGAAAGUAGAAGUGCCUUGGAUGCCAUAGAAGAAAGUUGUAGUUUAUGUGAACAACAGAGAUGCAGGAAAACUGUUGGAUAUGGGGGCAGUCCAGAUGAGUCUGGUGAAACAACUUUAGAUGCACUAAUUAUGGAUGGGGUGACCAUGGAUGUAGGUGGUGUAGGACUAUUAAGAAAUGUUAAAAAUGCGAUUUCAGUCGCUCGCAAAGUUCUGCAUAACACAAAACAUUCUUUAAUUGGUGGAGAAUUGGCAACAAAAUUUGCAGUUGAAAUGGGAUUUAAGGAAGAAUCUUUACAAACUGAAGAAUCAAAGAAAAUGUGGUUAGAUUGGAAAGCAAACAACUGCCAGCCUAACUAUUGGAAGAAUGUAGCUCCAGACCCAAGAAAGAGCUGUGGUCCCUAUCAUUCACAAGAUACCAUGUUAAAUAAUUCAAAAGAACAUGAGUCAUAUGUAAAUGAAGAAAACCACGAUACGAUCGGAGUUGUAGCUAUAGAUUUAAGUGGGCAUAUAGCAGCUGGUACAUCGACAAAUGGUGCCAGAAAUAAAAUUCCUGGUCGCAUUGGAGAUUCUCCCAUAACUGGUGCAGGUGCAUAUGCUGACCAAAAUGUUGGUGCUGCAGCUGCAACUGGUGAGGGAGACAUCAUGAUGCGUUUUUUACCAAGUUUCUUGGCUGUAGAAGAAAUGCGUCGAGGUGCUACUCCUAAUGAUGCUGCAACCACAGCAAUUAGCAGGAUUGCUGAACACUAUCCUACAUUCACUGGAGCAGUGAUUGCAAUAAACAAAAAUGGAGAAUAUGGAGCCGCAUGCAAUGGAAUCACUCGUUUUGUACAUUAUGUAGCCAAUCCUACAUUAGGAAAGGCUACAAUCCAUUAUGUUGAUUGCAUAGAUACUGUGCAUAUUUCAAUCUAUACUCUCGAAACUUCGCUUUGUUUUCGUUUCUUAUAAAAAUUUCGUUAUUGUCAACAAACUAACCUCAAUCUUUCAGAAAACUUAUGUACAAUAAUCAAAAUGCCAGAAACAAUGGAAGAAGAUAUGGGAAUGUCCGUUCGUUUAACGAACGAUGAUUUUCGGAAACUGUUAAUGACACCAAGAGCAUCUGUUCCUUCUUCAACUCCAGCUUCUAUACCUGGGACUGCUCGAGAUGCCAGUGCAAAGACUGCACAAACUCCAAAUGUCAGUGGUGGUAGUCGUGCUGAACUUCGGAGAAAGAAGAAAAGCUUUUAUGCCAAAUUGAAGAAACAGGAAGAGGAUAAAAUGGCAGAAUUGGCAGAGAAGUACAGGGACAGAGCUAGAGAACGUAGGGACGGCACAAACCAAGAUUAUCAAGCAGAGGAUCCAAUGAAUAGUGCUAGUGCAUAUCGUGCUGUUGCACCAGAUUUAAAAUCAGGAAUGGAUGCAGCUGAACGUAGGAGGCAAAUGAUUCAACAAUCCAAAUUUUUGGGUGGUGAUAUGGAACACACUCAUUUAGUAAAAGGAUUAGAUUAUGCUCUUCUUCAAAAGGUACGUAGUGAAAUAGAAGCAAAGGAGCAUGGACAGGAACAAGAAAUGGAAAAGUUAGUAAAGCCAAAGGAUAAAAAGGAUAAAAAGGAAGGAGAAAAGAAGGACGAUGAAAUGCAAUUUAAAACCAAAAUAGGGCGCAAUGUUUAUAGAACAAUUAUGACUAUGAAAUCCAAACAGAUUGAAAGAAACGAACUAUUCACUCCUGGUCGCAUGGCUUAUGUAAUAGAACUGGACGACGAAAAUACGGACGUGGAUAUACCGACUACUCUAAUUAGGAGUAAAGCAGAUGUACCUACCAUAGACAAUACUCCUACCUUAACAACAAAUGACAUUGUAAUAAAUAAACUGGCACAAAUUUUAUCUUACCUUCGUCAAGGAAAUCGUCAUGGGAAAAAAGGAAAAAAGAAUAAAGAUGGAAGGUCCAAACCUGAUGAUAUGAAUGAUAUGGAUAUUGCUCCAAGACCACAAAAUGAAAGUAUCUAUGGAGACAUUGGUGAUUAUGUCCCAACAAUUGGUAAGAAAGAUCCAAAUCAACCAAGGGAGAAGAAGAAAGGUUCUUACUUUGAUAAGCCAGACAACAGUUUGGACACAGAUGAUAAAGUGAACACUCCACAAUUACCAACCAUUACACCUUCCAAUUCAGAUAGUAAUGCUCCGAAAAAAGGUGCACUCCUUAAUAAAUUGGCUGCAGAGCCAGAAGGUUAUGCAGAAUGUUAUCCAGGUUUGGAUGAGAUGCAAGAUGCUAUAGACGAUUCGGAUGAUGAAGUAGAUUAUACCAAAAUGGAUCUUGGCAAUAAAAAAGGUCCUAUUGGUAGAUGGGAUUUUGAUACACCUGAAGAGUACAGUGAAUAUAUGAACAACAAAGAAGCUUUGCCAAAAGCAGCGUUUCAGUAUGGCGUAAAAAUGGCUGAUGGGAGGAGAACAAGGAAGUAUAAUAAAGAAAAGAACGAGAAAGCUGAAUUAGACAGAGAAUGGCAGAAAAUUCAAAAUAUUAUGAACAAAAGAAAGCCUACAACAGUGUUGGAUGGAGCAUCAGAGUUCAAAGUCCCUCGAUAUUAAAUGUUCAAAUAAUUUGUAUAAGUUUCUUUAUAAUUAA